AUGCCGUGGCCGUGUAAGACCCUUUGCAUAAAUAUACGUUUAAAUACACAGCAUCCAAUAAAGUGUCCACAGAUUCUCUAUGCUCCAGCUAUUACUACAGUCUCUCUCAGGGUUCCUUUUUUCACCGAAAAGAGCUCUGCUUUCUUGGUCAGAUCACUUCUUAUCUGGGGAGGCUUCAUGUGUAUUGUGCAGUUUCCAUUCACACCAAUUAUCACAUCCAGAAAAGGUUCUCUGGUUUUGUGGUUCUUCACUCAGCUGCACUCCACAUUCUGCAAAUUGUUCCAAGAAAGAAGCUUGCUUUGGAAAAUGGAGGACAUGGGUUGUUAA